GCUGGCAGCCAUCACAGUUCGUCGUUGGCAAUCGCAGUGCAAAGUUCGUCUUUUGUGGUGUACGUUCUUGUGCAAGAAAAGUGAAAAUUAGUUGGAAAAAUUCCUGGAAAAUUAACCAAAAACUGUGCAAAAGAUUAAAUCCAAAAUCAUUGUCGUUCUGGGACGCAGGUGAGUCGAUAGAGGAGCACAUCGUGCACAGAAAAACAAAUGGCCCAUCCAGCAGCUGCCGGUGGAGAUCUGGACGCCAGCACGCCGGACGAGAACUUGUUCAUAAAUGCGUCCGAUGGUCUGCCGAACGAACAUCCGGCGCUGCCCAGUGCUUAUGAUUCGGAAAACGAAUCCAAUCCGGUGGAUGACGGUCUUUUAGAGGACUUGCCGACGUCAAUCAUCGUCACCAACAUACACUCGGAGGUGUUUGCCAGUGUUGAACUGAAGGCCCGAAUGGAGGAACUGUUCAAAACCUUCUCUGAGAACGCAACUUUCCAGUGGUUGAAAAGUUUUCGACGGUUGCGGGUGAACUAUGACACUGCACUAGCGGCGGCGAAUGCGCGCAUCCAGCUGCACCAGUAUCAGUUUGGGAAAUCUAUAAUUACCUGCUAUUUGGCCCAACCGGUCACACCGGUUUCGAAUAAGAAUCUCAAGCCACCAGCACCUGUCAAACAGUUUCUCAUCUCACCUCCAGCGUCUCCGCCCGCCGGCUGGGAACCGGCCGAGGAAAAUGAACCCCUCGUGAAUCACGAUCUGUUGGCGGCGCUGGCCAAUCUAACACCAGGUGUGAUCCACGAGAUCCACGCUCAGACGGAUAACCACCCGGGUAUUGUGUUGCAUACGGCAAAUAUGGGAAUGCAGGAGGAUGGUCACAGUAACAAAUCGUCCGGUGGCAGUAGCUUCGAUGAUGACGACGAAGACUUUCCGCGGAAGGGGCGAAUCGUGCAGACUCGAUGCCCCGAACGUCAGGAUUCCACCUAAGAAGGGACCACGAGAAACUCGGCCCGGCUCGAGGGAGAUCGUUGUUAGAUAUUUUGUGAUUUUAUAAAAUGAAUGUUUUUUCGGUUUUGUCUCAUUGUUUUUUUUAUGAAUCUCUGUGUCGUAUGUAUUGGAUCCGAGAUCUGAAUUAGAAAUCGGAUUAUUAUUUUUAUAUCAAAUGACAGCAGAGUUUUUUUUUCGUGAUGAUUAUAAAAAAAGGAGUCUAUAAGUGUACAUAGGAACUUCAAAAUUUGUAAAUACAUUAAUUAUCUCUCGUGCUUGUUUACACACACAUACACCAAAAAUUCGUGUACAGACUGAGUUAAGAGCACUCACAUCCUUACUUCACUUUGUUUUAAUUAGAAUCGGUUACUUUGCAAAUUGAGGGAUUCUUAAUAAUUAAACCAGCCAUCCCGACGAUAUGUUGCACUCACGAAAUAGGAUGAGGUGCAUUCACACCAAUAUGACAUAAAUUUGUUUGUUUCAACGAAAGUGAGACAAAUUGUUCAAUAUACAAAAAACUUUGAGAAAAUGUCGCACGCAGGUGCCAUGAGUAGCGUUUUGUCGAGCGGGAACGAGAGCGGAUCAAAUGAUUGAAUUUGGCGAUAGGGGAAUUUUAUUGAUUAUGUUUAGUUACAGUUCCAAUAGCAGUUCAUGAGUCACAUUUCCACUUUGAAGAUUUGAACGCUAAAAUACCUACUUCUAUGCGCCAGGAGUCCUGAUGAAUCUGCAGUAGAUUUUGGAGAAUGUAAGAACGACAUGAACAAAGAAAAUUAGAUUUUUUAGAAAAGUCUAUUAUCGAUUUGUAGGGACAAUUGUGGACGAGAAAAUCAUUGUCGGUCCUCUAGUUUGGUCAGAACUGAACGUGUUAAAGCGCUGAAUCAUUUUAAAAUUAUGAUUCCGAAUUCUAAAAAGAUUGAACACGAAAAAAUCUGGACACGAAAAUCUCAUCGGGGUUUAUUAGCGUUAUUAGCGUGGAGAGAUAAGAGGAUCUCUUUCAAGGGAAAUUAAUUCCGAACGCAAAGGGUUGAAAAUGCGUUUUGUUUCCUAUAGUUCAAUGUAACAGUUAUGCAUCAGUAGGUAUCAUGAUUAUUGUACGACCAUCGUUACAGUCUUCCUUCCUACCAUAGGCCAUUGCUCGAACUUUUCUUCGUAUACGGUCCAUAGUUUUUUGCAUGAGCCCUGCUCCCACUUUCAUGGUUGCCAAAUCCCAUUUCCGAUUAUUAUCCAUCAGUUAAAUUGCAGUUCCACCCUGAUUGUUCAACAUGUACUUCACAAUUGAACAGUAUUUGCUAGUAAUUUUUUGCUGUUCCAUUGUUUGAUGGAAUGUUAGUAGUGAUAGCUGAUAAAUUUGCUGAUUCAAGAUCCCAGAAGUAACCAAAGUUCGUCUUGAAUCUAUGAUCGAAAACUGCCAGACAGAACUUUUGCCGCACAUAAACACGCAUUCAAAUUUUCGUGUAGUUUCCUCGAGCGUUUCUUUAUUUCCUGGGCCUGCUUUGCAAUCCGGUCCGCUGGGUAACAUUUGCCCCUUCGCCGCUUCUCUCUAUGAUAGUUCCGGACUCCACUUGAAAAAAACCCAC